UUUGUUCUGCGGCGGCCGGGUAUUUAGAGCCAGCGGCGGGCGCAGCGGAGAACCGUCCGCGCAGGACUAUCGUCGUGUCGAUACCGCCGCCCAGGCCGCUGACGCCGCCCCGCCAUCUUGCCUCGUUCCCGGGCGGCACAGCGAAAGCACGGAAGAGAAGCCGAGGAGUAUCAGCAGCGACCCCCCUCCUUUCCCCCCCUCAGGUUCCCCGACCGCGGCGGCGUCGCAGCAGCAGCAGCAACCAACCCCACCACCACCGUCGUCCUCUUCCUCGCCCCUCACCCGGUUCCGCCAUGGUCAAUGCUCCGGCCGGCCCCGAGUACUCCCCCUUCUUCGCCGUCAUGGGCGCCUCGGCCGCCAUGAUCUUCAGCGCCUUGGGCGCCGCCUACGGCACAGCGAAGAGCGGCACAGGCAUAGCUGCCAUGUCAGUCAUGAGGCCAGAGCUGAUCAUGAAGUCCAUCAUUCCUGUGGUCAUGGCGGGUAUCAUAGCGAUCUAUGGCUUGGUAGUGGCUGUCCUGAUUUCCAGCUCUGUCGCGUAUAACAUGUCGCUAUUCAAGAGCUUCCUCCAGUUGGGCGCUGGAUUGAGUGUAGGCCUCAGUGGUUUGGCUGCCGGCUUUGCCAUCGGCAUCGUGGGUGACGCAGGUGUCCGGGGGACGGCGCAGCAGCCGAGGUUAUUUGUGGGCAUGAUCCUGAUCUUGAUCUUUGCCGAAGUCUUGGGUCUGUAUGGCCUCAUCGUUGGCCUCAUCCUUUCCACAAAAGGGUAACAGCCGCAGAGCGUGAUGGAAAGCAAAACAAACUUACAAAGUUCCAGAAUUUGAAGAGAAAAAAAAAAAAAACGGUCUCUCCACAAUGUGUACAGUUGUCAUCAGUUUGGUAGUUGAUCUCUUGUAAAUUUGCGCAAUGUAUGUGACUUGUCUGUCCUCUGUGUACUUCGAUAUGAAAAGCAACGAGGGCCUGCCACAAGCCUUUUCCCACGAGGCUUGGAGGGAAGCCCCUUUGCUGUUUUUCCAUCCAUUUUUGCCAUUUAGAGUCCUUUAUGUAUAAAUAUAAACUAGAAAACGCUAAUUUUCCCCCUCUCUCUCUUCAUUGGAUGUUUUAUUUAUAAGACUUGACAUGUUCAUACAUAAUGGAACAAGAGCUUUCAAUUUUCCAUGCUCUCUCUCUCUACACACACACACACACAAUUAUAUAUAUAUAUAUAUAUUAAUCUCAUGCAUAGAUUACUACACUGUGGGGUUAACUGUUAAGUGCAGAGAAAUCCUUGGAUGUAAUUUGAUUCUCAAUGAUUGCUGUCGUGUCCUGGUAUCGGAGUGUGAGACUGUUUGUGUUUAUACAGAUAACAGCAACAAUGUCUGAGACACUCCUGUGUUCCCAAAUAGUAAAAACUGUACGCUCUGGCAUCCAAAAGUUGUGCAGCCAAUGUUGGAUUUUGCAGUAAUACGUUUCCAGGUAAUAAAAAAACAAUUCCUCCACUGUAUCAUGGUUGCACGGUGUGUCUUGUUGUGAGUUGCCUCGAGAGGCGGGGUUUCCAAACCCCGGUGCCACCCAGCACAGCCUCCCCCUCCCAUACCGCCACCAAAUCCCCCUCCUCCCAACAUGAGCUUGGGAAAUGCCUGGAGCUUGCUAACAAAUGGGAGGGAGGGAAGUCGCCCAGCUUUUAUGAAACCAGAAAUGUCAGAGCUGGGGAAACUUGGGUUAGUUUUAGCCUUGAAUGUAUGGGGCAGGAACAGAUGGUGUGAAUUCGGCCCACUUGGUUAAUUUGGGAGCUGGUGAUAAUUUGAACAAACCCAGCAAUUGGAGUAAAUACUUAACAUGGAUAAAUAGGCCCUGAAAAGGUGAAGGCGAGCAUCCAGCCUCUUUUAAUUUAAUACUUUUAAUAUGGGCUCCUUGGUCCUGAGGUUAGGGGUAUUCUUACGGAUAUUUUAUUACCCAACUAGGUAACAUCAUCAGUGCUAGAAGGAAAGUGGGGUUGGUUCUAUGUCUAUACACCUUGUCAGUGACAGUACAAGUAGGGUGAGCCAAUUAUAUACAAAGAGUUGGCUCUCAACCCAUCAAAUCUAAUUUGGAAAACUGUUGAAGCACAAGAAAUACAUGGCUCUCUUGCCAGGCACACUCUUAGUUCAGUGUUCAGAACCGCCUGGACAGUGCUUUUUUUUUUUCCUUUUGCUUACCGCAACAAAAACAAUUACUGUUUUCUGCACACUUAUGCAGGAAUUUGUCUGUUGGAUGAGAUGGAAAGAAGUGGAGAUCCUUGAGGAGGAUUAUACUUCCCAGGAAAAAUUUAGCCUUUCAUAAGGCUAUAUAAGCCAAUUUGGUGUAGUGGUGAAGGUGUCAGGCUGGAAACCAGGAGACAGGUGAAUUCUAGUCUCACCUUAGCCACGAAAACCAGCUGAGCGACCUUGGGCCAGUGCCUCUAUUCUCUUCCCACAAACAGCCCAGCUCGCCUCCCAGGGCUGUUGUGGGAGAAACAAGAGGAGGAAAUAGUGUUGGAUUUAUUCACUGCCCUGAGUUAUUUGUAAAAAAUAAUAAAA